UUACUUGCCAGUUCAGUUGAUACUAAAAGCUACUUGAAAUAACUUCUCAAAGUGUUAGAGAAUUCUUAAAUAAAUAGUACAAAAAUGAAGUUCCUUGCCUUCUUUUUGGUGAUCGUUGCCUGUGCCGUCAAUUCUCUGGCAUACAAAAAUGAUGUUUGUGGUUUGCCGCAUUCCUUGAACGGCGAUGGACGCAUAUCCUGUGAGGCAUAUAUACCCAGUUGGAGCUACGAUCCUCAACACAAUGAGUGUGUGAAGUUCAUCUUUGGAGGCUGUGGAGGCAAUGGUAAUCGCUUUGGAACCGAACAGAAGUGCAAGGAUACAUGUGUGGUGUGAAAGCAAAAAAAGAAAAUUGUUCAAAUAAAAAUCAAAAA